AUGGGAAGCAACACGGCCACUGAUACCCUGUGUGUCCGCAUAAGUGAUAUACGCCAGCCUGUCACAGAGGACAUGAUGUAUCGUGUGUUUGGUAGCAUCUCUACCAAUCCUCAACGUCUACAGAUUGCUCCCUCUUCUAAUCCCAACGAAACUGUCGUCAUGGCCCAGUUCUCUGACAUGUACGCGACGCAGCGUGUGAUGGAAAACCUAAAUAAUCGCAAUAUAUUUAACGAUGGUAACAAAAUGGUGAUGAAUUACUCCACCUGGGAACCUGCACCUGUGCUGCCUGCACCCCAGACGGCAGUUUACGGCGCCCCUGCGGCAGCGUACGGUGGCGUUCAACAGCAGCCCAAUAUGGUGUAUCCACAGAUUCAGCCGCAACCAAGCGUUUACGUUCAACCGCGUCCGCAACAGGUACAAGCAGCACAACAGAUGCCCCAUGUUCCACAACCACAGCUAUCACAGCUACCACAGCCAAGGGCAGCAUAUGAGCAGCCACGUGCAGGGCGUGGACGUGGGCGUGGGGGGGCUGGAGGCUCGAGAGGAGGCGGAGCAACAAUGGGAUUCGAUCCCAUGAUGAUGGGAUACCCACCAAUGGCUUACCAAAUGAUGCCACCUAUGAUGCCUAUGGCAGGUGGUAUGAUGACGAACUACAUGGCUCCAAAGUCCAUGCAGAACACUCCUACCGUCUUCCUAAGCGUGACUGUGGUGCCAGAGACGGAGCCAUUACAGACUAUAUUUACGCUUCUUGAGACCUUUGGUGGUGUUGUUACUGUGCGCCGCAACCACAACAAGAAGGACAUUCUGACGGUGAAGAUGGCCUCGAUACCGGAGGCUGAUAAUGUUGUUCAACACGUGCGAAAGGUGCCAUUUGCGGGGGGCACGGUGAGUGCAAAGCGUUUUCCUACUUAUAAUGAGCGUACACCAUGCACUGACGACGGAGAUCCGUUGGACGCCGCGACCCUGCAGUAUGACUUCACAACUGCACGCCACCGUAGCCCUGGGCAGCGUAGUAAGUGUAACCCUUCGAACGUGCUGAAGGUCACUGGAUGUGCCGGGUACUCGGAGGCGGAUGUAAUGACCUACUUCACAAGUGAGAAUUUUUUUCCUGAUCGUAUCAUCAAAGACGAUGAAGGGGCCUUUACUGUUUACAUGGCGGACACAGCUACAGCCGUGACACUGCUGGUUAAGUGUCACAACGGUGUGUGUGGGGAGGAGCGAUCAAACGUUCUCUUUAUUGAAGGGCCCAAGGAAAACAACAUCAACCGCGAUGAGCAGAACGUAGAGGAAAACGUGGCAAAGAGUUAA